UCCCGGGGGCCUGCCCUGCGCGUGCGCAUUGCUGUUCUGCGCUUGUCAUCAUGGCGACGCGGGGCCAUGUGCAGGACCCUAACGACAGGCGCCUCCGGCCCAUUUACGAUUAUCUUGAUAAUGGUAAUAAUAAAAUGGCAAUUCAGCAAGCAGAUAAAUUGUUGAAAAAACAUAAAGAUCUUCAUUGUGCUAAGGUUUUAAAGGCCAUUGGUUUACAGAGGACUGGAAAGCAAGAGGAAGCCUUCACCUUGGCCCAGGAGGUGGCGGCUCUUGAACCCACAGAUGAUAACUCACUUCAGGCACUGACCAUUCUUUACCGGGAGAUGCAUCGACCGGAGUUAGUCACAAAACUUUAUGAGGCAGCUGUGAAGAAAGUUCCCAAUAGUGAGGAGUAUCAUUCUCACCUCUUCAUGGCCUAUGCCAGAGUGGGCGAAUACAAGAAAAUGCAACAGGCUGGCAUGGCUCUAUAUAAGAUUGUCCCUAAAAAUCCUUACUACUUUUGGUCUGUGAUGAGCUUAAUUAUGCAAUCUAUAUCAGCGCAAGAUGAAAACCUCUCCAAAACGAUGUUUCUGCCCCUCGCUGAGAGAAUGGUAGAAAAAAUGGUGAAAGAGGACAAGAUAGAAGCAGAGGCUGAAGUUGAACUUUAUUAUAUGAUCCUGGAACGUUUGGGAAAGUACCAGGAAGCCUUGGAUGUCAUCAGAGGAAAAUUAGGAGAGAAGUUGACAAGUGAGAUUCAAAGUCGGGAAAAUAAAUGCAUGGCUAUGUACAAGAAGCUGAGCAGGUGGCCAGAGUGUAAUGCCCUUUCCCGGCGCCUCUUACUGAAAAACUCAGAUGACUGGCAGUUCUAUCUGACUUAUUUCGAUUCUGUCUUUCGACUAAUUGAAGAGGCCUGGACUCCUCCUGCUGAAGGUGAACACUCUUUAGAAGGAGAAGUACAUUAUUCUGCAGAAGAGGCUGUGAAGUUUAUAGAAGAUCGGAUAACAGAAGAAUCUAAAAGUUCUCGCCAUCUCCGAGGACCACAUCUAGCUAAAUUGGAGCUGAUUAGACGUUUACGACGUCAAGGUUUUAAUGAUGAGUACAAAUUAGGUGACCCAGAAGAAUUAAUGUUCCAGUAUUUUAAAAAGUUUGGGGAUAAACCUUGCUGUUUCACAGACCUGAAGGUGUUUGUUGACCUCUUGCCUGCUACCCAGUGUACAAAAUUUAUUAAUCAGUUACUUGGAGUUGUUCCUUUGUCAACACCAACAGAGGAUAAGCUGGCACUGCCUGCUGACAUCAGAGCUCUGCAGCAACAUUUGUGUGUGGUGCAGCUGACGAGGUUACUUGGCUUGUACCACACGAUGGAUAAAAAUCAGAAAUUGAGUGUGGUCAGAGAAUUGAUGUUAAGGUACCAGCAUGGACUGGAAUUUGGGAAAUCCUGUUUGAAAACCGAAUUGCAAUUUUCAGACUAUUACUGUCUCCUUGCUGUCCAUGUGCUUAUUGAUAUAUGGAGAGAAACAGGUGAUGAGACCACUGUGUGGCAGGCCCUGACUUUGUUGGAAGAGGGAUUAACCCACAGCCCUUCCAAUGCUCAAUUCAAAUUGCUGCUUGUUCGAAUCUACUGUAUGCUGGGGGCAUUUGAACCAGUGGUGGAUCUGUACUCUAGCCUUGAUGCUAAGCAUAUCCAGCAUGACACCAUUGGUUAUCUUUUGACUCGAUACGCCGAAUCCCUAGGUCAGUAUGCUGCUGCAUCCCAAUCCUGUAACUUCGCGCUCAGGUUUUUCCACUCCAACCAGAAAGAUACCUCAGAAUAUAUUAUUCAAGCUUACAAAUAUGGUGCAUUUGAGAAGAUCCCAGAGUUUAUCGCUUUUAGGAACAGGCUGAAUAAUUCCCUUCAUUUUGCACAAGUCCGUACUGAACGGAUGUUGUUAGACCUUCUACUUGAAGCAAAUAUAUCAACCAGCUUAGCGGAAAGUAUAAAGUCAAUGAAUCUUCGGCCAGAAGAAGAUGACAUUCCAUGGGAAGCCUUGAGAGACAACAGAGACUUAAAUGUUUUCUUCAGCUGGGAUCCAAAAGACAGGGAUGUUUCUGAAGAACAUAAGAAACUUUCCUUGGAGGAGGAGACAAUGUGGUUAAGAAUCCGUUCCUUAACCUUGAGGCUGAUCAGUGGACUUCCAAGUCUUAACCACUCUGUUGGGCCAAAGAACUCAGAGAAGACCACUGAGAAUGGAGUAUCCUCCCGGAUUGAUAUUCUCCGUUUGCUCCUUCAACAGCUGGAGGUGGCCUUGGAGACUGGAAAGCGAUUUAUUGAGAAGGAAAUUCAGUAUCCUUUUCUUGGUCCUGUACCCACCAGAAUGGCUGGAUUCCUUAAUUCUGGCUGUUCUCAGUGUCAGACCAGUUCUUUUUAUCUUGUUAGUGAUAUUUAUGAGCUGGACACCAAUGGUUUAGAGGAUACAGUGGAGAUCCAGGAGCGAGUAGAGAAUAGUCUUAAGUCUUUACUAGAACAAUUAAAAGAUAUCUUCAGUAAAUGUAAAGGUGAUCUCUUAGAAGUUAAAGAUGGUAACUUGAAAACACAUCCUGCUCUUUUAGAAAAUCUAGUCUUCUUGGUUGAGACUAUUUCUAUUAUCCUUUGGGUCUCCAGUUACUGUGAGAGUGUCCUGAGACCAUACAAAUUAAAUUUACAGAAAAAGAAGAAGAAGAAGAAAGAAACCAGCAUCAUCAUGCCGCCUGUCUUUACCAGUUUUCAAGACUAUGUUACUGGACUCCAGACUUUAAUCUCCAAUGUUGUGGAUCAUAUUAAAGGGCUUGAAACACAUCUAAUUGCACUUAAACUUGAAGAACUUAUUUUAGAAGAUACUUCUCUUUCACUGGAAGAGAGAAAAUUUUCAAAGACUGUGCAAGGGAAGGUGCAGAGCAGUUACUUGCACUCACUUCUGGAAAUUGGGGAGCUGCUGAAAAAAAGACUUGAGACCACAAAGAAACUAAAAAUUUAGGUUACUAAGAACCACAGGCACUGAUGACUCUACAACAGAAAAUGACAUCUUCCCAGGCAAAAGCUACAUCUGGUUGACCAUCAUUUUAAUCCAGAACUUCCUCAUAAAAUGCAUGAAGGACUUUGAUCGUGAAUUAAUUUUUUAGGUAUUAAAUGUAUACAGCUGAUUAAAUUAUUGUAUAUAAACCAGAAGCAGGACCCUCAUCUGGGUUUGACCACUUUUUAUACAUGUUCAUAUGCAUAUGGCAGCCACAAGAGAACCCCACUUUUCUUCCCUUCUAUCACCAGAGCAUCUGGUGGUGAUGGGGUUCUAUAAAAGCAGCAAUAGAAAUAAGCAUAAAGCAUUGACCUCAGAGCAGCUGAAUGGUCCUACCAUUACAGCAAUGGGCGUUUUGAUCUGGUCCUUGAGCCUUAAGAAGCAGAAAGCAAAAGUAGAGGGGGACCAUGACCUGGAGCAGGACCCUCUUUUCACAUUAGCAGUUUAGUUUGAGGCUCCCUUGGCUUUGUGGCUCCCACAGAGCCCAAAGCAAGUACCCAAAGGGCUUCAGGUGAAAUUUGGCAUAAGCACCUGCCACUGAAGGGCAUCACUCAGAUGAUCACAGGCCCUCAUUUUUUGGCCUACUAGUCCCAGUGGCCAAGGCAUCCCCAUCCUAGCUUCUGUGAGAGUUAAAUCACAAAUAGGCUUCUGCUAAUUUACAGCUGUUUGGAGAGGAAAGUAGUACAGACCACUUAUAAGCCUGCUGAAGACUAGCUUGCUGUCUUUUUGGGAAAGUUGAGAAUCACUGUUUUAAAGAAAAGAGGUGUACAUAAUUUAUGCAGGCAAGUGUAAUACCAAUGUCCUUGGUUUUGUGAGAUAUAUAUAUAUAUAUAUAUAUAUAUGUAUAUGCUUCUACAUAUAUAAGUAUGUUUUCAAGCAUAUAUGUAUAUAUAUGCUUGAAAAUAAAGAUUUAAUACUUUAGUGUUUUUUAUGUGGGGGUUUUGGGAAAGAAGAAAGGAAGGAAUGUAUAUUAUGGAUUUAACCUUAGGCUGGCAAAGGAACUGUUAUCCUUGAUGUUUGCAUUGUUCACUGGAGCUCCCCAGGACUGUAGCUUCAGAGGUUGUUCUGACAGAAAAGAUAAGCAUUGCUCUUGAAAAUGUUGCACAGAUUAUAUAGUUGCUUUGGUAACUUCUUUGUGUUUGAAUCUGUGCUUCUGUUUUGGUCUUUGUUACACAAAUACUGUUCAAGUUAGUAAUUCUGAAAAGCAAAGAAAUGAAUUUGAUGAGGAAAUUCAAGUAUCUGAUGGAGGAUUGUCUUAAAGACCUACAAGGUCCUUUUCAACCAACUCACUUCUCCAGUGAAAUGUGACAGUUUUUUCUUUUAAAAGCAACCAAAAAAAAAAAAAGCUUGGAAAAAAAUCUCUGUAUGCAACACAAUUGCAUUUUGUUCCUGUAUCUUGACUUUCUUAGAUUUACAAUUUGGUAGGGUGAUUAAUAACACUCUCACCUUCCAAAGAAACUUUUUUGAAAAUUACUAAAUUACCUGUUCAAAAAUAAGACUUGUUGGAAGUCCAGUCCAUCCAUAAUUUCAGAAAACUAGUUUAGAUGUAAUUUGGUAGCCACAAUUGUCAUACCCCAUUCUAAAAGGAGAAAACUUCCUUGAACAAGAUGAACUAAAAAUUCUGAUUAAUUCUAAAUCUGACUUAAUGACAAACCUAUCAUAAUUUCAUAAAACUAUGGCCUAUUUAGGUGGAGCUUUGUGUAUGGGGGUAGGGGUAUGUGUGUAUGGCAUGUUUUCUUGAAACGAUGUUUCUUUGAAUACCCAAAAAUUCUGUACAUAGAAAUGCUCUUUGGAACAAGUCUAUCGACUGACCAUGAUCAUUCUAGUGUAUGUGUGCUCAGUAGGCUGGCCUUGGUCCUCAGGGACAGUGUGUGACUCCAGUGGUCUACCUAACUAGUCUUUUGCCUAGGGGCAUCUGGGUCCUCUGCUGGUUUAAUGACAAAUAAUAUUAUGUCGGGUUAUGCUUCCUUUGUUACUUGUUGAUUUUCCUACUAAAUGUAGCAUUUUGAUUAGAUCCAACCUCUUAAAUUUUGAGAUAAUUGUAAAAAGAAUGAAAUUAUGCAGAAAUGGCCAAUAUCUUUUAUUGAUCUGUUCUUUUGGAAACUGUCAUGCACUAUAAAUUGUGUACAGUUAAAAAAAUAUAUAUAUAUAUUCUUACAUGAGUAAAAAGCACCCUCUCCAGCAAUUGUAUGUCAUUGGUAUUUGAAGAGAAUUCCCAAAUAACUCAUUGCUGCUGCUGCUGCUGCUGCUGUUUUUGGUUUGUGUGGGUUUUUUGUUUUGUUUUGUUUUUGUGUGGUAAAUUGAUAUUUUUAAAAAAAAAAAAAGGAAAGGAGAAAAAACACGACUACUGUUUACAGACUGAAGAAUUAUUGCUUUUUAUACUACUGAGAUCCUAAGUUAAGACUCUCCAAAGCAAACAUUUGGUUUAAAUCAUUUAUCUGAUGUGGAUAAAAAGUAGAGAAAUUUUUAGUGUUCUCCACAUAAAUGUACAAAUGCCUAGCUGUAUUGCCCAUCAAUUUUGUAUAUUUUCAUAAUUUUAAUUGUUCAAAAUUGCAUUAUAUUUUGCAAUCACUAUGUUCAAUCUGGAUUUGUCUUUCAUUUUAAUAUAAAAAGGGGUUUCAAUGUAUCUACAGCCUUGUUAUUGAAACUCUCCCUCCUUUUAUGAUGUGAUUUAUUAAUAUGGGAGAUAUAUAUUUUCUUCCUCCUUCAGAAUUAAGUGAAGCAUAGCAGAUCUACUUUAAACUGGUUGGGUUAAUUUAUAUAAACACUUUCAUUUUAAGUUGGCAUUUCUGCCUGAUUCAUCUUUGCUCAGAUUCCUAGAAGCCACAAUCUUUUAAAUGGUAUAAUUCAUCUCAAUUUUGUAUUGUUAUAUUCUUCAGAAAAAUGGUAAUAUUUGUUAACUUAAAAUUAUUCCAAGGCAGUAGUCCUUUUGUUUACCUUGUGUGCUAGCAUUCAUUAAUUCAACGUAUAUGUGUUGAGUACCUAUUUACUAUGUGCCAGAUUCCAUUUGAGGCUCUGUAUCUUAGAGUGGCUGAGGUAGGGGAAGAAACAAUAAAAAUAAAUAAUAGUUUGUAAUUAUAUCCUGAUUAAUAAAAUAUAUAUCAGGAUAUGUAGGAUAGGCGGGGUCAUGGGAGGACCUCUGAAUGGUGCCGUCUGAUCUGAAUGAGAGUCAGGCAUGGAAAAAGGAAUACAAGUCAAAGGUCCCAAGGCAGGAAGCUGCUAAGCAUGUUGUGCUGACUGGAAAAAAAGGAAAAAGCUCAAGUGCCCGAGACUUAAUGAAAGGAGCAGAAAGGAGGUAUAGAUUAAGAUAGUGGAGUUGGGGUUAGAGCAAUCAGGAUUUUGUAGCCAGGGGAAGGAAUGAAAUUUUUAAAUUUAGUGGGAAGUUACUGGAGGAUUUCAGGCAGGCUGACAUGAUUUAUCUAAGGGUGUAUGAACCUACAGGCUGAGAUCAAAAGUUUAU